UCCAUAUGACUGGGUAGUCAUGUCAAAUAAUACCUAUUACCUACAUCCUAGCUAAUACAGCCGCCUUUUUUGAAUGUAAUCUGUUAUAUUUCAAGAUUUUUAUUUGAUAACAUGAUGAUAAAAGAUAACGUUUUUAUGAAAUAUGAGACGACUCACAAAAAAUUUGCUAAUACUUUUAAUUGGUUUAGGUUUAAUUGGAUUUUAUUGUGAGUUUCUUAUUUACUAUAUAGUGACCCUCCAGUGCGGCUGGCCAAAUUUAACAGAUCAAAAUGAAGAUGUAUUAAAGGCGUUUAUAUUAUCAGACCCCCAUUUACUAGGUCCUUUUAGAGGACAUUGGUUAGAUAAAUGGCGAAGAGAAUGGCAAAUGCAUCAAUCAUUUCAGGCUAUUGUUAAGGUACACAAUCCUGAUGUAGUCUUUGUGUUGGGAGACUUAUUUGAUGAAGGAGAAUGGACAAAUAAUAAACAAUUUAAAAGUUAUGUGGAUAGAUUUCACAACUUAUUUUCAUUACCAGAUCACAUCAAGAUGUAUGCUAUAGUUGGUAAUCACGACAUAGGUUUUCAUAAUCGUAUACGAAGAGGCUCAGCUGAAAGAUUUUCAAAACUUUUGAAUGCCCCGUCAGUACAACAUAUUAUAUUAAAAGAUAACCAUUUUGUUCUUAUAAAUUCCAUGGCUUUAGAAGGUGAUUCAUGUGAUCUUUGCCAAAAAGCACAGAUGAGUAUAGACAAAAUUGCAGAGAGGCUAGACCUGUGUUCUAAAAAGUCUGAACAAUGCUCCAUGAAUAAUACUAUAGUUAAGUAUAGCAAACCUGUAAUAAUGCAGCAUUUCCCACUAUUUCGAAAGUCUGAUUCAAUUUGCACUGAGCCUGAUGCUCCACCAUUGCCUGAAAGGAACAAAUUGUUCAGACCUAAAAUUGAUGCUCUCUCAAAAGAAGCCACCGAGUAUUUAGUGAGGCAAAUUAAGCCCAGAGCAGUGUUUGGUGGGCACACUCACCAUGGAUGUCUUGUACAGCAUUUAUACAAACAGUAUGAUGAUAUUGAAUUUCUAGAAUAUUCUGUACCAUCAUUUUCGUGGAGGAAUAGACCUGAUCCAAAAUAUUUACUGGUAUCUAUAACUCCAAAUUCAUAUAAGACAAUCAAGUGUGCUCUGCCCACAGAAACUACAUUAGCCCUGACUGCUGUUAUAUUGAUAGUUUAUUAAUAAUUUACAUCUCAAGAAUGAGAAUUAUAGGCAGGAAGGUUUAAUAAUAAUAAAAUAUAUUUUCUUACUAACCACAAGGAUUAUAUUUGAUAAUAAAUAUUUUUUGACAA